CUGCUUGGUUCAAGAAAGAAAACGAAACAGGACUUCUUCUCUUUCUUAAUAUUCUCGAGAGUGUAGGGAAAGAGAGAUAGUGAUGGCGGAGGAAGGGGAUCGGACGGCGGCGGGGGAGAUGGUGUACGAGGACUUGAUGCCGACGAUGGCGGAGAAGCUGGAGGCGGAGGAGUUCGUGAGGGAGCUGUGCGGGGGGUUCAGGCUUCUGGCGGACGCGGGGAGGGGGCUGAUCACGGCGGAGAGCCUGCGGCGGAACGCGGCGGCGCUGGGGAUGGCGGGGAUGACGGCGGAGGACGCGGCGGCGAUGGUGAGGGAGGGGGAUCUCGAUGGCGACGGGGCGCUCAACGAGACGGAGUUCUGCAUCCUGAUGGUGCGGCUGAGCCCCGGGAUGAUGGAGGACGCCGAGGCCUGGCUCGAGAAAGCGAUCGCCAGGGAGCUCGUCAGACCCUCAUCUUCCGUCUAAUUUUAAACAAUUUGAAUUAAAACAAAACAUGGUGAAGAAAAUAGAUUCAAUCGAGUCCUUUUGUUCUGUAUGCUUAGAUUUGAAAUUAUAUUUGGUGGUUCAGUGGAUAGAGUCUUUUUUUUUUUUUUUUGCCUCCAAGCACCAUCGCACUGGUUUUCAUUAGCAUUUUAGUUUUAACAAGAGAUCUCCGAACAUGGAAGUUGCAGAGAGGCCGCAUCUUGGAUUUAUCAAAUUAUUAGAUCAGAUACCUGACUGACUGAGGAUAAUAGGUUACUCAGAUUUUCUUGAUGCUUUGCCUUGUCCUCUCUCUUUCUAACAAAUCUUGGCAAAAAUUGUUGGAUAAUUUAUGUUGGAUUUAUAUAAAUCUGAUGCUUUGCCUUGUCCUCUCUCUUUCUAACAAAUCUUGGCAAAAAUUGUUGGAUAAUUUAUGUUGGAUUUAUAUAAUCUUGCAGAAUACUGCUUUAAAUC